AUGGACAGCGCUGGCGGGUUUGAAGAUAUGGAACUGAGAGAGGCGCAUAGAGAAUACCUGGACUUUCUGGAUGACGAUGUAAGUACAGAGGAGAAUAAUGUGUGAAAUACAAAUCAAUCAAAAGUGCAGAUAUUAAUGUGAGGCAAUGUAAGAUGUGUUGCUUAUUUUUGUUCUAGCAAGACCAAGGAGUUUAUCAUGAGAGGGUCAGAAGUAUGGUGUCAGAAAACCGGUGCCGCCUCAUCGUGAACAUCAACGACCUGAGAAGGAGGAACGAGAAGCGGGCCAAAGCGUGAGUAAAGAUCAUGAUUUUCAGGUCGGAGCUCUAGAAAGAGGCCCGAGUUCCCGAGUUGGAAUUCCGAGUUGAAUGACAGUUCAAAAUGCUUUUUCCCAGUCGGAACUCGUUUUUUUUCAGAGUUCCCAGUUGUCUUUAACGCACUGAAGUCGGAAAUCUGAGAUUUCAGAGAACCGUAUUUUUUUUUAUGGGGCAUUAAUGCUCAGGGGGAGACUGCAGGCCAUUUAUUCCCUUUGAGUCAGGAACCGAAACUCAGCCUUAGUGAUCCGUGAAUGCGUUGUAUGCAGCAUUCGGUCACAUGACAGCUCGAUCAGCUGUUCGAUUUAAUUUACCGGCAUGUCAACUGAGCCAGGGAUCACAGUCAAACGGAUUGGGAAGUAGGUCCCAAAGUGCUCUUCCAACCGUUGGAGGUGAGCAAUCAUCACUCGCGUGGGACACUUACUGAUGCUGUUUUCUGUUAGAAACAUGCACAGCCGAGGGAAAUGGGCAUGGUAAGCUUUUGAAAGACUCUCCAAUAAUAAUUUCCACUGACUUGGUCGCUCGUCUGUAGAAGGUUUUGUAUUUCCCCUACAUGCUUGCUCCAGUAAAUUCAGUUUCUCAAAUACAAUGCCUUUGAAAAAGUACACUGAACAAAAAUAUAAACGCAACAUGUAAAGUGUAUUUUUUUUUCCAUAUGCACAAAAAGCUUGUUUCUCUCAAAUUCUGUGCACAAAUGUGUUUACAUCCCUGUUAGUGAGUAUUUCUCCUUUGCCAAGAUAAUCCAUCCACCUGACAGGUGUGGCAUAUCAAGAAGCUGAUUAAACAGCAUGAUCAUUACACAGGUGCACCUUGUGCUGGGGACAAUAUAAGGCCACUAAAAUGUGCAGUUGUCACAACACAAUGCCACAGAUAUCUCAAAUUGAGGGAGCAUGCAAUUGGCAUGCUGACUGCAGGAAUGUCCAACAGAGUUGUUACCAGAUAAUUAAAAUGUUAAUUUCUCUACCAUAAGCCACCUCCGUCAUUUUAGAGAAUUUGGAAGUGCGUCCAACCGGCCUCAGAACCGCAGACCAUGUGUAACCAUGCCAGCCCAGGACCUCCACACCCUGUGCUGGGGACAAUAAAAGGCUACUCUAAAAUGUGCAGUUUUGGGACCCAUGUCAUCCAAAAACACAUACUUUUGAAUCAUCUGUCCACAGAACAUUCUUCCAAGAGUCUUAAUGAUCAUCCAGGUGCUGUUUGCCGAACUUGAGUCAACUUUGUGGACGUCAUGGGUCCCGUUAUGCCUGGUGAAAACCAAACACUGCAUUCCACAGUAAGAACAUCAUACCAACGGUCAAGCGUGGUGGUAGUGUGAUGGUUUGGGGAUGCUUUGCUGCCUCAGGACCUGGAUGACUUGCCUUAAUAGAAGGAACCAUGAAUUCUGCAUCAGAAUUAUUCUGGAGAAUGUCAGGCCAUCCGUCUGUACGCUGAAGCGCAGCUGGGUCUUGCAGCAAUACAAUGAUCCAAAACAUACAAUCAAGUCUACAUGAAAAUGGCUAAAAAGCAACAGAUUUGAAAUUUUGGAAUGGCCUAACGAGCAGUUCAUGCUUGAAAACCUACAAAUGUUGCUUAGUUACAGCAGUUCUGCAUGAAAGUGGGCCAAAAUUCCUCCACAGCGUCAUGAGACUGAACAACAACUACAGGAAGCAUUUGGUUGGAGCCAUUGCAGCUAAAGGUGGCACAACCAGUUAUUGAGUGUAAGGGGGCAAUAACUUUUUCCACACAGGGCAAUUGGGUGUUGCAGAACUUUGUUUAUGAAAUAAGUAUGUAAUUGUUGUAGUAUUUGUUCACUCAGGUUCCCUUUAUCUAAUAUUAGGUUUUGGUUGAAGAUCUGAUAACAUUCAGUAUCAAAAAUAUGCAAAAGUAGAGAAAGUUAGAAAGGGGGCAAAUAAUUUCACGGCACUGUAUGUCUGUUACAUAGGCAAGUAUACAUUUUAUUGUCAAUACAAAGUCAACCAAGUCUUUUUUUAUACCUCCUUUGUGAAUGACAACAGUUCCCCUCUCAAUGUGAAUAAUCUGUCCAACACUCCUCGAUAACCACCAAGUGUGAAAUAUACUGAACAAAAAUAUAAACGCAACAAUUUCAAUGAUUUGACUGAGUUACAGUUCAUAUGACACCAGUCAAUUGAAAUAAAUGUAUUAGGCCCUAAUCUAUUUAUUUCACAUGACUGGGCAGGGGCGCAGCCAUGGGUGGGCUAGGCCCAGCCAGUCAGAAUGAGUUAUUCCCCACAAAAGGGCUUUAUUACAGACAGAAAUACUCCUCAGUUUCAUCAGCUGUCCGGGUGGCUGGUCUCAGACGAUCCCGCAGGUGAGGAACCAGAUGUGGAGGUCCUGGGCUGGCAUGGUUACACAUGGUCUGAGGCCGGUUGGACGCACUUCCAAAUUCUCUAAAAUGACGGAGGUGGCUUAUGGUAGAGAAAUUAACAUUUUAAUUAUCUGGUAACAACUCUGUUGGAAAUUCCUGCAGUCAGCAUGCCAAUUGCAUGCUCCCUCAAUUUGAGAUAUCUGUGGCAUUGUGUUGUGACAACUGCACAUUUUAGUGGCCUUAUAUUGUCCCCAGCACAAGGUGCACCUGUGUAAUGAUAAUGCUGUUUAAUCAGCUUCUUGAUAUGCCACACCUGUCAGGUGGAUGGAUUAUCUAGGCAAAGGAGAAAUGCUCACUAACAGGUUUAUAAACACAUUUGUGCACAAAAUCAGAGAGAUAAGCUUUUUGUGCAUAUGGAACAUUUCUGGCAUCAUUUAUUUCAGCUUAUGGACCAACACUUUAUGUUUUAUUUUUGUUCAGUAAAGAACAUUGUCAUGUUCUGAUUCCAUAUCGCCACAUAGUUUUGCAAACAGGCAUGUGCGCAGUGGAUGUGGGUGCAUGCUCAGCCCCCUCCUGUACUCCCUGUUCACCCAUGACUGCGUGGCCACGCACGCCUCCAACUCAAUCAUCAAGUUUGCGGACGACACAACAGUAGUAGGCUUGAUUACCAACAAUGACGAGACCACCUACAGAGAGGAGGUGAAGGCCCUUGGAGUUUGGUGCCAGGAAAAUAACCUCUCCCUCAAUGUCGACAAAACAAAGGAGCUGAUCGUGGACUUCAGGAAACAGCAGAGGGAGCACGCCCCUAUCCACUUCGACAGGACCGCUGUGGAGCAGGUGGAAAGCUUCAAGUUCCUUGGCGUACACAUCACUGACUAUUUGAAAUGGUCCACCCACACAGUGUGGUGAUGAAGGUGCAACAGCGCCUCUUCAACCUCAGGAGGCUGAAGAAAUUGGCUUGUCACCUAAAACCCUCACAAACUUUUACAGAUACACAAUUGAGAGCAUCCUGUCGAGCUGUAACACCACCUGGUACGGCAACUUCACCGCCCGCAACCGCAUGGCUCUCCAGAGGAUGGCGCGGUCUGCCUAACUCAUCACUGGGGGUAAACUACCUGCCCUCCAGGACACCUACAGCACCCGAUGUCACAGGAAGGCCAAAAAGAUCAAGGACAACCACCCGAGCCACUGCCUGUUCACCCUGCUAUCAUCCAGAAGGCGAGUUCAGUACAGGUGCAUAAAAGCUGGGACCGAGAGACUGUAAAACAACUUCUGUUAAAUAGCCACCACUAGGCGGCUUCCACCCGGUUACGUAACCCUGCAUCUUAGAGGCUGCUGCCCCAUAGACUUGAAAUCAAUGGCCACUUUUUAAUAAUGUAACACUAGUCACACUAAUGUUUACAUAUUUUUGCUUUACUCAUCUCAUAUGUAUCUGUAUUCUAGUCUAUGCCACUCCGACAUUGCUCAUCCUAAUAUUUCUAUACUCCUUAAUUCCAUUCUUUUACUUUUAGGUUGUGUGUAUUGUUAGAUAUACUGCACUGUUGGUGCUAGAAACACAACCAUUUCGCUCUACACCCGCAAUAACAUCUGCAUGUGACACAUAACAUUUGGUUUGAUGUAGUUAACAAUCAAAGUUACCUGCUGCAUUAUAUCUCAGUUCUGUCCUCCGCUCGUUUGCCACCAGUUGCUCUCGGUGUAUCAUACAAUGUGUCUAUAUGGCAGAGGGAGACCCAUUCAUAACUAGAGUGCAGAGGCCUGCCCGCCAUAGAUGGCGCUUCAUCUGUGCAAAAGCCCACCAUUCGAUCCCAUGGAAUCUGUUUUUCGUCAAUAUAGCCACGCAGCACUCUGAACAUCCCAUCUCAUGUGCCGUUCCAUGCUUGUGAAACAGAGCAAUAUGUCCUCGUGAAUAGCAUCCCCGGACAUGUUUAGCGAACAAAAGUUAAUGCAUGGGCAUGUCGGCCCUCACAGCUAACAUCCAUUUGGAGAGCAUAAGCUGGGGAGUUUGAGGCGUUCAGUCAGUUUUCUCUUGAUUCUCAGAAUUUAUGCUAUUGCUAGCAAAGGUAUUAAUGUGAGUUUCUGUGCCUCUGCCUCCCCACACAUUGUUUUCACCGUAUCAAUUGCGGCCGGUAAUAUGAAAGUCUCUUCAAUAGUGUGUCAUAGCGUAGCGGGCCUAGCCAUUCACCGUGGGAAUGAUUCAAGUGCAACAGUGAAAUGCGGCCUUUUCCCAUGAUCUAAGGGCGCUCUCUGGUUUGAUUUUUAUGAUUUUAAUAUCGAUUUUUAAGGUUAACCACAAUAUAUGUAUAUUUUUUGGGGAGGGGUUUGAAAAUUCUCCCGUAACCCCAUUUUCAUAUCAGGCGAACCCACAUGGGGCCGCGACCCCUAGUAUGGGAACCGCUGAGUAACUGAAUUUCUUCACUUCAUUUUUCUUCUCAAUUCAUGCACCUUGUUGGAGAGUGAGGUAGCGGCAGUGUUCCAUUCCUUUUAUUGAUCCUUGAGUGUCAAAGGCCAAGUGGUGGAUAAAAUGUAGUAAAUGGUUUGAGGCCUGUUCCUUUAUCAUUUUGUUUUAAAAUAUAUUUUGUUUAUAAAAUGUACUUUUAAAUACCCUUUUCAGCUUGCUGAAAGACUGCUUCAGUGAACUUGUUGCUUUCCAAAGAGCUCUGAAGGACUUGGUUGCGUCCAUCGAUGCAACCUAUGCCAAGCAGUUUGAGGAGUUCCAUGUGGGGUUCGAGGGCAGCUUCGGAACCAAGCACGUGACCCCUCGAACCCUCGCAGCGCGAUAUCUCGGAAACCUGGUUUGUGUGGAAGGAAUCGUUACCAAGUGUAAGUGUAUAUAAUGCGUUUCAAUUGAUAAUUUCCAGUUUUAUUCAGAUUCGAUUGAUAAUUCUUUACGACAAAACGCCUUUCUUGGUUCCUCCUUAUUAUAAUUACGCUACUACUGUAAUUCCAUUCAACUGAUAGUUAUUUUGAGUAGCCUAACAUCCUGCAUGUGUUUCUGUCAUUGUGGUAGGUUCUCUGGUGAGGCCUAAGAUCACCCGUAGUGUCCACUACUGUCCAGCCACUAAGAAGACCUUGGAGAGGAAAUACACUGACCUGACCUCUCUGGACGCAUUCCCUUCCAGCGCCAUUUACCCUACCAAGGUGUGUAACUAUAUGUGCAAUUUUUAAUGGUGCUCUCCCUCCCCAUGCUCCCCGAUCUACAACAUUCCUGCUACAGAUAUCACACUCCUUUACCACCUCUCUCCCUGAUCUACAGGAUGAGGAGAACAACCCCUUGGAGACAGAGUUUGGGCUAUGUGCCUAUAAGGACCACCAGACCCUGACCAUCCAGGAGAUGCCAGAGAAGGCCCCUGCCGGACAGCUCCCCCGCUCUGUGGACAUCAUCGCUAACGACGACCUGGUCGACACGGUCAAACCGGGCGACCGCGUUCAGAUGGUGGGGAUCUACCGCUGUCUGCCAGCCAAACAGGGAGGCUUCACCUCUGGUACCUUCAGGUGGGUGGGUGUGGGAACGGGUCUAUUUGUGUUCUGCUUCCAAGUAGUUUUGAUAAAGGGUUGGGGUCAACUCCAUUUUAAAUUCAGGAAGUAAAUGAAAAUUCCUAUUGCUUUUCAAUGAGGAUAAUUUUUAUUUUAGUGAACUCAAUGAACUCAACCUUCUAUUGGUCUAAUGCAGGACAAUUCUGCUGGCCAAUCACGUGAAGAGGAUGAGUAAAGAAAUCGUGCCAACCUUUUCCGCCGAGGAUAUUAAUAAAAUCAAGAAGUUCUCUAAAGGCCAUUCUAAAGUAAGUCACUCAUUCUAAAUAGUCUUGCAUUGAACUCUACUACAGUAUGUUGUGGUGGAGCAUUUAAAUUACGACGAAGUUGUUAUAUACUGUACAAUCAGACGACCGUAUCGCUUCUUGGCAUACAAACUGUCACAUCACAUUUGGUAUAUACCAGUUGGAUCAUUUGAUACCAAUGCUCUUCAAUCAUACACAUGAAUGUCAGUUUCCUUUGUCAUGAUUGUUUUCCAGGAUGUGUUUGAGCAUCUGAGCCACUCGCUGGCUCCCAGUAUACAUGGCCAUGAGUACAUAAAGAAGGCCAUUCUGUGUCUGCUGCUGGGGGGCAACGAGACCAACCUGGAGAACGGUACACGUAUCCGUGGAGACAUCAACAUACUGCUAAUAGGUCAGUCAUAUUUACAUUUUUAGUCAUUUAGCAGAUGCUCUUAUCCGACUUAUAGUUAGUGAAUGCAUACAUGUUUUGUUUUUUUGUCAACCACUACUAUUGAUGGGUUGUAGUCAUUAGCAAGACUUUGGUGGUCUUCCUCUAUGGCUGUCCUGAUUCUCCACCCUUCUCUGCAAGUGUAUACCUGCACACUUCACCUCAUGGGUCUAACAACGGUGGGAACUCCCUCUAGCCAAUGCUAACACCAAUCCAAUGCUUUCAAAUCCAUGAUGGGAAGUGUGCAAGUGCACACUUUGUACAAAGGGUGGCAAAUCUGGAUGUAGCCUAACAUUGAACUCAAUGUGUGGCCUUCUCUGUGUGGUCUCUCUAACCUGGUUGGUCUUUCUCUGGUCAGGUGACCCGUCGACGGCUAAGUCCCAGCUGCUGCGCUACGUUCUGCACACUGCUCCGCGGGCCAUACCAACUACAGGACGGGGGUCAACUGGCGUGGGGCUGACCGCUGCCGUCACCACAGACCAGGAGACUGGUAUGGAACACUUUAUGGACACCAUUUUGAAUGAUUUAUUUGUAUGCAUGCUGUUAUUCCCUCUCCAUCCACCUUCAUACAAAUGGAGUUCCCUCUGAGAAAAAUACAAUUCUUGAAGCCUAUACUCCUUCCUCUUCCACCUAUUUACCAUAAUUAUUAUCCCACUCUGGAUACCACUCACACUCCCCCCUAUGCACACGCCUCUGUUCAUACCCCUUUCUCACUGUCUCCCUUCCUCUCCAGGUGAGCGGCGGCUGGAGGCUGGGGCCAUGGUACUGGCAGACAGAGGAGUGGUGUGCAUCGACGAGUUUGACAAGAUGUCCGAUAUGGACCGCACAGCCAUCCACGAGGUGAUGGAACAGGGCCGUGUCACCAUCGCUAAGGCUGGCAUAAUGGCCAGGCUCAACGCUCGCUGCAGUGUGCUAGCUGCCGCUAACCCAGUCUACGGCAGGGUGAGACGCGCUAACUUACUCUUUGUAAGGGGGAGACGCGGUAAUGCUAACCCAGUCUGUCUAAUCUAACUGCUAAGACCAUGUACAGUGCUGUGAAAAUGUAUUUUCUGUACUGCAUAUUUUUGAUACUGAAUGUUGUCAGAUCUUCAACCAAAACCUAAUAUUAGAUAAAGGGAACCUGAGUGAACAUAACACAAUUACAUACUUAUUUCAUAAAGUUCUGCAACACCCAAUUGCCCUGUGUGGGAAAAGUUAAUGCCCCCUUACACUCAAUAACUGGUUGUGCCACCUUUAGCUGCAAUGGCUCCAACCAAAUGCUUCCUGUAGUUGUUCAGUCUCAUGUCGUUGUGGAGGAAUUUUGUCCCACUCUUUUAUGCAGAACUGCUGUAACUCAGCAACAUUUGUGGGUUCAAGUAUGAACUGCUUGUUUUAAGUCCUGCCACAACAUCUCAAUUGGGAUUAAGUCUGGACUUUGACUAGGCCGUUCCAAAACUUCAAAUGUGUUGCUUUUUAGCCAUUUUUCAUGUAGACUUGAUUGUGUGUUUUGGAUCAUUGUCUUGCUGCAUGACCCAGCUGCGCUUCAGCUCACAUGAUAGAGAGCAUAAUUCAUGGUUCCUUCUAUUAAGGCAAGUCGUCCAGGUCCUGAGUCAGCAAAGCAUCCCCAAACAUCACAAUACCACCACCAUGCUUGACCGUUGGUAUGAGGUUCUUACUGUGGAAUGCAAUGUUUGGUUUUCGCCAGUCAUAAUGGGACCCAUGUCAUCCAAAAAGUCAUAAUUUUGACUCAUCUGUCCAUAGAACAUUCUUCCAUGAGUCUUGAUGAUCAAUCCAGGUGCUUUUUGGCAAACGUGAGUCAACUUUUUGGACAACAUGUGUCCCAUUAUGCCUGAUAAAAACCAAACACUGCAUUCCACAGUAAGAACCUCAUACCAACAGUCAAGCAUGGUGGUGAUGGUUUGGGGAUGCUUUGCUGACUCAGGACCUGGACGACUUGCCUUAAUAGAAGGAACCAUGAAUUCUGCUCUGUAUCAGAGAAUUCUACAGGAGAAUGUCAGGCCAUCCGUCUGUGAGCUGAAGUGCAGCUGGGUCAUGCAGCAAGACAAUGAUCCAAAACACACAAUCAAGUCUACAUGAAAAUGGUUAAAAAGCAACAAAUGUGAAGUUUUGGAAUUGCGUAGUCAAAGUGGAGUCCUAAUCCCAAUUGCGAUGUUGUGGCAGGACUGGACACGAGCAGUUCUUGCUCAAAAACACACGUCACUGAUUUAAAGCAGUUCUGCAUGCAAGAGUGGGCCAAAAUUCCUCCACAGCGAUGUGAGACUAACAACUACAGGAAGCAUUUGGUUGCAGUCAUUGCAGCUAAUGGUGGAAAAACCAGUUAUUGAGUGUAAGGGGGCAAUUACUACUUCACACAGGGGAAUAGGGGGUGCAUAACUUUGUUAAUUAAAUAAAAUAAGUAUCUACAUUUUUAUUUUUAAACUCUGGUUCCCUUUAUCUAAUAUUAGGUUUAGGUUGAAGAUCUGAUAAUGUUCAGUAUCAAAAAUAGAGAAUCAGAAGGGGGGCAAAUACUCUUUCACGGUACUGUAUAACAGGGUGUCACCGCUACUAGCUAAUAAGCCUCCAUCUCAAUAACUGGUAUACAUGGACUUUCCUCACAGCUUUAUUUCUGCACCUUCAUCGGGAUCGACCUGGACAAAGCUUUGCAUAGAUUCGCCAAUCUUGAUCACAUAAGUAGUUAUUUGGGAUGCAAGUUAAUUUGUACGUCAGUGAUUCUUUGCGCAUGUCAAUCCCUUUUUAACACACUGUUCAUGUCUCUGUGACAACUAUGUACAUUAUCUCUUACCUUUCCUUACAGUACGACCAGUAUAAGACUCCCAUGGAGAACAUCGGUCUGCAGGACUCUCUGUUGUCUCGGUUCGACCUGCUCUUCAUUGUUCUGGACCAGAUGGAUGCAGACAGUGACAGGAAGGUCUCGGAGCAUGUUCUACGCAUGCACCGCUACAGAGCACCAGGGGAGCAGGAGGGAACAGGUUGGGCACACUACUGACUAAAUAUACACACAUGCAAACACACCACACACAGCUUCUCAUUCAAAAUAUCAAAUAAUUUUUAGCGUCAAACCAAACAAGUAGACAUGAUUGCUGAUUCAGUACCUGGCAUGUGUGCAGAGGUUUUUGAAUGACACUUUUGAUUGCUCUGUAUCUGAUCUGUUGUUUGAUGCCCCUAAAGCCAUGCCCAUGGGCAGCACUGUGGAUGUGUUCGCCACGGAGGACCCCAACAUCACAGAGUCAGCCGAACAGGAACUCCAGAUCUACGAGAAGAAGGACAAUAUCCUGCAUGGACACCGCAAUAAAAAGUACCCAGCAAAACGUCCAUUAUAUUCAUUGUUAAAAAAAAAUAAACCCAACAAAACCUGAUUUUAAAGUUGCUGUAUUAAUCACUCGUAAUACCAUACAAACUGUAUACACAUUAUGUUCUUUCUGACAGAAUCCAUGGCUUUCUGUGUUAACCCCUGUCAUCCUCCUCCAGGGAGAAAGUAGUUACCAUGGAGUUUAUCAGGAAGUACAUCCACGUGGCUAAACUGGUGAAACCUGUUCUAACCCAGGAGGCCUCAGACCACAUAGCAGAGGAGUACUCCAAGCUCCGCAGCCAUGACCAAGUCAACUCUGAAUCAGCCAGGGUCGGUAGUACUUACAUACUUUUGGUGAUAUAGUGUAUGUGGUGGACACCUGCUCGUCAAACAUCUCAUUCCAAAAUCAUGGGCAUUAAUAUGGAGUUGGCCCCCCCUUUUCUGCUAUAACAGCCUCCACUCUUCUGGGAAGGCUUUCCACUAGAUAUUGGAACAUUGCUGCGGGGACUUGCUUCCAUUUUGCCACGGGCAUUAGUGAGGUCAGGCACUGAUGUUGGGCGAUUAGGCCUGGCUCGCAGUCAGCAUUCAAAUUCGUCCCAAAGGUGUUCGAUGGGGUUUAGGUCGGGGCUCUGCAUGGCAGUCAAGUUCUUCCACACCCAUCUUGACAAACCAUUUCUGUAUGGACCUCGCUUUGUGCACGGGGGCAUUGUCAUACUGGAACAGGAAAGGGCCUUCCCCAAACUGCUGCCACAAAGUUGGAAGCACAGAAUCGUCUAGAAUGUAAUUGUACGCUGUAGCAUUAAGAUUUCCCUUCACUGGAACUAAGGGGCCUAGCCCGAACCAUGAAAAACAGCCCCAGACCAUUAUUCCUCCUCCACUGAACUUUACAGUUGGCACUAUGCAUUUGGGCAGGUAGCGUUCUCCUAGCAUCCGCCAAACCCAGAUUUGUCCGUCGGACUGCCAGAUGGUGAAGCGUGAUUAAUUACUCCAGAGAACGUGUUUCCACUGCGCCAGAGUCCAAUGGCGGCAAGCUUUACACCACUCCAGCUGACACUUGGCAUUGAGCAUGGUGAUCUUAGGCUUGUCGGCCAUGGAAACCCAUUUCGUGAAGCUUCUGACCAACAGUUCUUGUGCUGGCAUUGCUUCCAGAGGCAGUUUGGAACGCUGUAGUGAGUGUUUCAACCAAGGACAGCCGAUUUUUACACGCUACGUGCUUCAGCACUCAGCGGUCCCAUUCUGUGAGCUUGUGUAGCCUACCACUUCGCGGCUGAGCCGUUGUUGCUCAGCGGUUUCCACUUCAAAGUAACCACACUUACAGUUGACCGGGGCAGCUCUAGCAGGGCAUAAAUUUGGCGAACUGACUUGUUGGAAAGGUGGCAUCCUAUGAUGGUGCCACAUUUGAAAGUCAAUGUCCUCUUCAGUAAGGCCAUUCUACUGACAAUGUUUGUCUAUGGGGAUUGCAUGGCUUUUUUUCUUUUUUUCUUUUUCAUACACCUGUCAGCAACAGGUGUGGCUGUAAUGGCCGAAUCCACUAAUUUGAAGGGGUGUCCACAUACAUGCAAAAGUAUGUAUGGAAUCUCUCAUCCAGCUCUUUACUGGAGUCUAAAAGCCGUUUUGGCAUUAUGGAAUAAUUUUAUUUAUCAUUGCAUUGGGAAUCCUUUCCUGAUUGUUAUACCCAGUUUACAAUCCUGUAUGUACAAUAAUCGAUUACCUGUAUCAUUAAUCAUGAAAACAUGCACUAUUGGUUUGGGAAUGUCUGCUUCAAAUAGACAUUGUUGUACUUUGUGUUUGAUGGGUUGUCUUCCAUACAGACGAUGCCGGUGACAGCCCGAGCGCUGGAGACAAUGAUACGAUUGUCCACGGCCCACGCCAAAGCCCGCAAGACCACAGACUUUGUUGACGCAGAGGCUGCCCUGGAGCUCAUGCAGUUCGCCUACUUUAAAAAGGUAAUGCUGGGAUCAAACAGUUUGAUACUGGAUACAUUCCUUCAUUGUAAUUUGGAGACAAAAGGCUUAUAACUAUAUGGAUAGGUUUUAAUUCAUGUUGCUAUGUGUACUGUCCUGUCUACAUGUAGAUUCUGGAGAAGAAGAGGAAGGUUGUAGAGGACGACAUGGAUGUGAGCCAGAGCCAAUCACAGAGCCAGAGCCAAGAGUUGGCCAGUCAGAGGACGAGCACCAGGUCUGAGCCCGUAUUCAAAAAGUAGCUCUGACUAGGAAUGCUGGUUAUAGGAUCAGUUCAGCAUUUUGGAUCAUAAUGAAAAAGAUUAUAAUAUAUUUUAUAUAGCUCUUUUUACAUUACAUUACAUUACCAUUACAAGAAUCUCAGAUGCUUUAAUAAAAACAAACUAAAUCAAAUCUAGGGUUCUGGCAGUUAUUGGACGAUUGUCUUCCACAGCUUCAGAUGAUGGGGUGAGGCAGUUCUAAUAUAUGCACAAGGGAACCUGAUCCCAGAUGAGCUCUCUUACUGAGACAUGUUUUGAAUACAGGCCCUGAUCUCAAGGAUGCAGGGACUGGAGAGACUGGUUGCGUCGAAGGCUAGGUCUGAAUAAUCUUAAAUGCCUGCCUUGUCUCCUUUCUUUGAUGACCAGGAAGCGUACCGGUGUGGGUAAGGAAAACAUGGACGUGACAGAUGCUGGGGCUGACUCUGACCCUUAUGAGUUUGAGGACGAGGAACACAGUAAGACGCGCGCACACACACACACACCGUGCACAUACAAGGUCUGUCUGUACCCCACCUGGUCACCAAUAUAGCUCAGUUCUUAGGGUUAUAAACCAUUUCAUCUGCCCCAUUAUAAGAAUACUUUACUAUUUUGAUUAAUUAGAAUCAUACAUUUCUCAUCCUUCUCUUUCUCCCUCCUAGCCCAGUCCAUUCUGAAACCCAAGCCUGCUGCCUCUCAGAGCCUGAAGAAGAAGCCAGGACAGGACAUCAGCCAGGACAGGUAAAUCUCCCCCUCUACUCCCUCUGUUUCUGUAGCCUUAACUCUACUGGCCCAUUGUGGUCACUGAGUACUGCACCAUUUAUCCACUCUCCAGAGACAGUUAAGGUGGGAUGAUGUUUAUUUGUUUGUGUGUUCUCUGACCCCUCCUGCCCAGGCUGAAGCUGUUUAAGGCUGCUCUGAUGAAGGCCUUUCAGACUACACGGUCCCAGUCCGUAGCAGUGACGGAGCUCCUGACGCUGGUCAAUAAGACCACACACGGUCAGGACGACCACGAGUUUGACGAGCAGGAGGUCGAGAAGCUGCUGGGGCGCAUGCAGGACAACAACCAGGUCAUGAUGUCAGAGGGCGUGGUCUUCCUCAUUUAG